UCUCUCUAACUCUCUCACCCUAACUCUCUCUCUAUACUCUUCAUCUUCUCUAAAGAGAAGAGAAGACAUACACAAGCCGCCGCACCUCCGCCCUCACCACCAUCGCGCCUUCUCUCUUCUCACUGUGCCACCAAUGCGCCUCACCAUGAACGCCGCCAGCUGCUCAACGCAGCAGCUAUGACGCCAAUGUUUCACCUCCACGCACGACGGCUCUUCAACGCCGCCAGCAACAACAGCUGCAACAGCCUCUCCACCGCUGCAACAACAACUUGCAGGAGACAGCAGCCCGCAGCAGCCACGUCAGUGAGUAGCAACCAACGCCGCUGUCUCCCUCGCUGGCCAGUAGUCAAAAGACCCUUCCAAACUCGAGAUUUUGGUGUUUUAAGACGCGGAUUUUCAAGAUCCGUCUCAGAAUUGCAGUCGGGCUUUUUAUACUUGACCCUUUUUCGGAACGAUCUACAAUUUAUUGAUACGCCAUGCAUCCAAUGGUUGUCGUAAGUUCCAGCUUGAGUUGUCCGCUUGGGUUACUAGUCUUGCAAAAGCCACUCUUAGUCAACCUAGCGUAGAGUGAAACCAAAGCCUUGAUUUAGCGCAUUGACUUAAGACGACCCAAUACCCAAGGUGUAUUGAGCCCAUUAGAAAGACCACCUUGAGUCCAAAAUGGCCUUCGGCUUAAAUGGACGACCAUACCUAUGUAUUUAAAUUUGAAGAUUGUAUACGCCUUUUGACAAACAUUGUCUCUCGGGGUUAGCAGGUUUUUUUUAUUAGCCUAGUCAAAAAAGGAUCUUCACAAGUUGCUAUUUUAUCCAAAAGAGGCUGAUGUUUGGAGAUAUCAAGAAGGCUUAGUUAGGAUUGUACAUCUGCGUGGGACUGAUUAUUUGUAUCUCUUUUUCCUCAAUAUGUAUUCCAAUUCAG